AUGGCAGCUGCUAUGACCUCUUCAACGGCCAUGGUCGAUCCGAUGCACUAUUAUCGAGCAAAAAGGGACCGGGAAAGGCGAACUGUGUUGAAAACGUACAAGAUCCUGGGAUUCAUCUCGUCAGGCACCUAUGGAAGAGUGUAUAAAGCAGUCUUAUUGCCAUCAUCAUCUGCUUCGAAAUCGGGAAGUACAAACAAAUCUACUUUACCUUCGUCUGCCAGAGCUGCAUUAUCAAUACCAAAAGAUAAGAUACCAUCGCCGUCCACAUCCACAACAUCAUCAUCCAACCAUACAUCCAAUCUUGACCCUUUAAACAAUCCCGAUAUGUGUAUGCGGCCGGGUGACUUACCAGCUAGAGAAGGGGAUGUGUUCGCGAUCAAAAAGUUCAAACCGGACAAGGAAGGAGAUGUUUUGACUUAUGCAGGUAUUAGUCAAUCUGGGGCGAGAGAGAUUAUGUUAAAUAGGGAACUAAAUCAUCGCAAUUUAGUAGCUUUGAGAGAAGUCAUUCUGGAAGAUAAAGCUAUCUAUAUGGUAUUCGAAUAUGCCGAACAUGAUUUUUUGCAAAUAAUCCACCAUCAUUCCCAAACUACACGAACACCCAUUCCAUCGCCAACGUUACGUCGCUUAUUACAUCAAUUACUAUGUGGAGUCCACUUCCUCCACUCGAAUUUCGUCUUACAUCGAGAUUUGAAGCCGGCCAAUAUCCUCGUCAAUUCUUCGGGAGUCGUCAAAAUUGGUGAUUUGGGUCUGGCCAGACUAUGGCAUAAACCACUGGCUCAAGGUGGUUUAUUCGGUGGUGAUAAGGUUGUAGUGACAAUUUGGUAUAGAGCACCCGAGUUGAUUCUGGGUGCAAAACAUUAUACUGCUGCCGUUGACCAAUGGGCGAUUGGCUGUAUCUAUGCUGAAUUGCUUGCCCUACGACCGAUAUUCAAAGGUGACGAAGCCAAGAUGGAUGGAAAGAAACAAUUACCUUUCCAAAGAGAUCAAAUGGGUAAAAUAUGCGAAGUGUUAGGUCCUGUAAAACCCGAUCAGUGGCCUGGUAUAGUACAUAUGCCAGAAUAUAAAACAUAUAUGACAUCUGGACCAUAUCCAAAUCCGAACCCGCUUCCGACAUGGUACCAACAUCGAUCGUCAUCUUCUCAAGGAUAUGAUCUACUCACCCGUCUAUUCGAGUGGGAUCCAGCACGGAGAUUGACUGCUAGAGAAGCCUUGGCUCAUCCUUGGUUUCAAGAAGAAGGUGGUGUUUCUGCAAAGAGCGUCUUUGAAGGGAGUUCGGUCGCUUAUCCAACCAGAAGAGUGACACAUGAAGACAAUGGUGAUGCUAAGAUGGGAUCGUUACCACCUUCAAUGGCUCAACCUCGAUUACCAUCAAGUAGCAAUUUUAGACCCGCCAGCGCGAACGUCACUCAACCGGCAAAAAAGAAGCCAAGGGUAUAG